GUGAAUAUUAGGACACAGUGGGUCUGUGGACAGGUUGGUUUCUCCGGAGGCGACAUUGUAAAAAACGCAAGCCGAGAGAGGUGAUGCCUCCACCGGCCAAGAACUGAGGGCAGACCCGGUGUUUGGCUUGGAAAUGGGGAGUCUGGCCGGAGCUGUCAGAACCACGCCUAUAGGGGCCCACAAUUGGUCCAGAAAGCGUAAAAUCAGCAAUCAAAGGGGCUUGGUUCAUUAGUGUUGGGGAUGGAGGCAGGAAGGACAUGUGAGAUAGUCACAGAUCUGCAGUGAACGAGGCCACAUCUCUCCAGUCAGUGUGGGAUGACUGAAGCAGAGAAACAGCUUAUUUCUCUGAGAGACACACAGCGCAGCCGGGCUCUGCCUUCACAGCGCCGCUUCUACUGAGGGACUCGGCGGACGAACCAAAGGAAAAAAAAGCACAUCAACAGCAACUCUGGGCUAUUUUCUUCACCCUGACAACACGCUGUGUGUUUGACAAGGCGCUGCACUCUUCUUGUACCGCCUCACAGAAACUAAGUGCUCGCGAAGCGCGGACCUACACUGGCUCUGGGUUGGGGGAGAUACCACUAAAAUAUCCAAUAUUUCACUUCGGUUUUUGUGGAUGCACCGAUGAGAGAUCCAGUUUUUACAGGGACUGCAAUGGCUUAUCACCCUUUCCACGCUCACCGGCCGACCGACUUCCCCAUGUCCGCCUUUCUAGCGGCCGCGCAGCCUUCCUUCUUCCCGGCGCUCAGCCUGCCUCCCGGGGCGCUCACCAAGCCCAUCCCGGACCACGGCUUGGCCGGGGCGGCGGAGGCUGGGCUCCACCCGGCCCUUAGCCACCAUCAGGCGGCUCAUCUUCGCAGCAUGAAAAGCCUGGAACCCGAGGAAGAAGUGGACGACGACCCAAAAGUUACACUGGAAGCCAAGGAUCUUUGGGACCAGUUUCAUAAACUCGGGACGGAGAUGGUUAUUACCAAGUCCGGAAGGAGGAUGUUCCCUCCGUUCAAAGUGAGAAUAAACGGGCUCGAUAAAAAAGCCAAAUACAUCCUACUGAUGGACAUCGUGGCGGCGGACGACUGCCGCUACAAGUUCCAUAACUCCCGCUGGAUGGUGGCAGGCAAGGCCGACCCGGAGAUGCCCAAGAGGAUGUAUAUCCAUCCGGACAGCCCGGCCACUGGCGAGCAGUGGAUGGCCAAGCCUGUUGCUUUCCAUAAACUCAAACUGACCAACAACAUCUCGGACAAACACGGAUUUGUCCAGACUAUCUUGAACUCCAUGCACAAGUACCAGCCGAGGUUCCACAUAGUGCGGGCCAACGACAUCCUGAAGCUCCCCUACAGCACCUUCAGGACCUACGUCUUCCCGGAGACGGAGUUCGUGGCUGUGACAGCGUACCAGAACGACAAGAUAACGCAGCUGAAGAUUGACAACAACCCUUUUGCGAAAGGAUUCAGAGACACGGGGAAUGGAAGGAGAGAGAAAAGAAAACAACUGACCAUGCCUUCGCUGCGGAUGUACGAGGACCAGUGCAAGGCGGACAGGGAGGGGGCGGAUUCGGACGCAUCGUCCAGCGAGGCUCCGGCCGGCAGGGACACCGUUCACUCCCCGCUGGGAACUGGUACGAGUCCUCUGAGGUUCAGCAGGGCCAGUCGAGAUGACAAAACAUGCACUGACAGCGAGCAGGAGCUGGAGAAUCACGACGAGCGCUGCACCGCCUCCAACAGCCCAGGACCUGAACCUGUGUCCCCCUACAGCUCCAGGUGUGAGGAGCGUGUGAGGGAACGGCCCAGCGCCGAAAAGAAGGACGACUCCAUAUUCAGUAUAAGGAACCUUGAGAAGGACAAAGCAGAGAGCAGGCACAGGAAAGACACCGCUGAUGUCUUGACAAAGGACUCGGAGGCUGGAGGCAUUAGUGCCAGUAAGGAGGCCUUCUCCCCUCUCAUGGUCCAAACCGAGAGCCCCUCGCACUUCAGCCCAAGCCAUUUACAAAGCCUGGCUCUGUCUGGCUUGCACAGUCAGCAGUUCUUUAACCCUCUGAACGCCGGAUCGCCACUGUUGUUUCACCCUGGGCAGUUUGCCAUGGCCCCUGGAGCCUUCUCUGCUAUGGGCAUGGGGCAUCUAUUGGCCUCUGUAUCCGGAGCAAGUGGUUUGGAAAACGGCAGCCUCUCCGGCCAGGGCACAGGAGGAACCCCUAACCCCUUCCCCUUCCAUCUGUCCCAGCACAUGCUAGCCUCUCAGGGCAUCCCCAUGCCACCUUUUGGAGGUCUUUUUCCGUACCCCUACACCUACAUGGCGGCGGCUGCAGCAGCGGCCUCGGCCUCGGCCCUCCCAGCUACCAGCACCUCAAGCCCCCUUUCUAGGAACCCCUUCCUGGGCUCUUCCCGGCCGCGGCUCCGCUUCAACCCCUACCAGCUCCCGGUGUCACUGCCCCAGACCUCCAGCCUGCUCACCACUGGCCUGCCAGGAAGCCUCAACCCAAGCUCAGAAUCCUCCAAACCGGGAAGCAGGGAGACAAGCCCAGCCCCGGAGCACCACAGCAACCACAAGACAGGAGGCUUGAGUGGAAGGGCUGUAUCUCCCAAAACCUCCAUUAAGGACUCUGUGAACGAGCUGCAGAGCAUCCAGAGACUGGUGAGCGGCCUGGAGGGCCAGAGGGAGCCCUCCCCAAAUGCAGACUCUCCCAAGUGAUUAGGACACUCUGCUAUGGAUGAACACUUGGCUUGAAUACCAGAGGACUAUAAGUGCAUAUGUCCUGUACAGCACAUCACAGAGACUGGGAUGAGGGUUUGACCGACGAGGGUUGAUGAAGGCCAAUUACUAAUAUCUUUCGGAACAAAGCUGCAGGUAGACAGAAAUGUAGUCUAUAUAAUUAUAUUUAUCCUUUGUAAAUUCAUAAGUAUUGAAGGUUUCCUCCAGAGCUGACCUGUCUGAAAGGGUUGAAAGCCUGUCAGACAUUUCCACCAUCAUCAGGACCGACGCAGAAUCCCACUGUUCUGGGGGUUAGCAGCUCGUGAAGGCGGGUUAACAGCCCAAGAACCUCUGGAAAACAUUUCUGCGUUCAUUCAAUAAAAAUAAAAAAAUAAAAAUCAAUUUAGAAACAAUAAUAAGUUAAUAAAUAAAAUGUGCAAAGAAGAUGGAAACAAUUUAGUCGAUAAAACACUAAAGAAACAUAAAAUGUUAUUAAGUUAAAAGAAACUCCAACCACUUAAGUUCAAAGAUGUGUUACAGAGAGUAUUCCAGACAUUAUAAGAAUAUAAUGAGUCAAACGUUAUGAUAUCAUUGUCAGAGGCACCACGCAAGGCCAGUAUCGGCCCCAUAUAUCGGUCUAACCUGCCUGAGAGCAUGCAGCUCCACGGAGUGCGCGGCGCACUGUGUGUGCUGAGUUCUAACUUGAAGCAUGUGAGCAUCCAGGUCCGGUGUUUUUUUUUUUUUGUUUGUUUUUUUUUUUGUUUUUGUUUUUUUAAAGUAAAGUCCUGAACAGAAAACUCACAACGCCACGACAGGCAGGUCUGAUCAUUUCAAAAGGGAUGGAAGAUGAACGUUCCGUCUCCGAGGGGCAGACAGAAAGAGACGCUUAUCAUUUCAUGCCAGACAAAAUCUUUCUGAACUAUUUAUGUAAUUAAAAAAAAAAAAAAAUCUGUAAAUAAAGCUAAGAUCCAAGAAUAUGCAAUUGGUAUUAAUUUAUUCAAGGCUGUAUAUGAGCGUGUAUAUAUUUCGAAAUGAACUCCCCCCUCCCCCUCCCUUCUUAUCCUCCUCUUCCUCCUCCACCCCAAUUUUACAUAAACAUAUACUGUAAAUGAAAGCUAUUUAGCGCUUGUUGGUUUGAAAAAAAAAGAAACUGUGUAUGAAGCAUCGCUGAUUUUUUUUUAGGAGACGUGUGUGCCAUGUUUUAGUCUGCAUCAUCCACGACAAAUAGAGAGGAACAGAGAAAGAGCUCCACAUGGAUUCAAAAAAAAAAACACCUCAGGUUAUUUCACUCCAGCCAGGAGACAUUCAAAGCAAUUCCUCCAAUGGGCGCAUCAUUCAUAUCUAUUCAUAAAUAUAUUUAAAGAUGGAAGUAUCUUGUUUAUGCUGGUUGUCCGGGUAUUUUAUUUUUAUUUUUAUUUUUUUUUUUCGUUUUCGGGAUUUUUUUUGAUUGUCUCACAAUUUCAAUAAAAAAUUGUUGUGCUGAAA